AUGCCGGUACCAACAUCACUUGGCCGGCCUUCUGCCGGAGGCGCAUCUUCGAACAAGAACAUCUGGAUUGCCGCGGGCGAAGGAGAUCUUGGACGAGUCAAGGAAUGUGUAGAUGGCGAAGGCAUCUCACCCGUGGCAGCGGACGAGUUCACAUACACCCCCUUGCACGCAGCUGCGUCGUACGGCCAUCUGGAUAUUCUUCGGUAUCUGCUUAAUCAUCCAUCUGCUCCCAGUGAUGCUGUUAAUACGACGGAUUCAGAUCUCGACACACCUUUGUUCGUUUGCGAAACAGUCGAUUCUGCACGUUGCUUGAUCGAAGAGUUCCAUGCCGAUGCAAAACACAAGAAUGCCGAUGGCCUGACGGCCGCUCAACAGGCGUUAGAAAACGAACACGAGGAGCUGGCAGAGUAUAUCGCUGGAGUGACGGGGGAGUCGUUGCAAGGCAACGACCAUGAGGAUCAAGGUGAUGCGGAGGACGACGACGAAAACGGCGUUUCAGCGCAAGCAUCCCAUUUGACGGCCGAAGAACAGGCAGAGCAAGAUGAGAGACUCGACGCACAAACGGAUCAGCUCAUGGCACGCGUAGGAGAUAUCAUGACAAGGGCAGAAAGAGAUGGCACGGAUCCGGAACCAGAAUUGCGAACUCUAGUCAGCGAUUCCGUUCUGCGUCAGAUUGUCGAGGGUAUGAGCCAACCCAGCACAAACAUUGAUCGGGACACUGCUUGA